CGAAAUGUCAGAUACAAUAAAAAAAGAGUAAAAAACAACUGAGUCAAUCGGAUCUACAAUGUUCUUGUAUUGAUUUAUUGAAAUUUAUUCUACAAUUAUCCGGAAUUACUGAUAAGUAAAGGAACAGCUUCUAAAAAACACCGAAUUUAUGAACCUUUCGCUAAGAUCUUCGUUUCGGAACUAGAAUUCAUUGAACAUCCCGUUACUCAUCAUCUGUUUGCCACGUUCUGUCGGCAUUUUUAUUCUGUAUAAUUAUUAAUAUGACUCUGAUGUAGAUAUUUUGGCUGUGUUUAUUAAAAGUUACCAAGACGUUGAGCAUGUCAGAUCGGAAGGCUGAGUUGGAGCGAAAAAAGGCGAAGCUCCGCGCCAUAAGAGAGGAUAAAGAUCGGCGCCGCAGAGAAAAAGAACAGAAAGAUGCUGAAGAAGCACUGCAACGGGCAUCGGCCACAUCUAGCCUGGACAGUCGUCGUGACAUUGACGAGAUGCUGUCCUCGCUUGGAGUGGCUCCAGUUAAGGAUGUCCUCUCUUCUUUAUCAUCAAUGACUUCACUGUCUCCACCUCAGACAGCCUCUCCAGAUGCCAGUUUACCGCAUACAGAUAAAGCCAGCCUACAAUUGCAAGGCGGUCCAAAGAAGCAACCUCAAGAAUUACAAGUAGUCUUCGUGCAGUCCACGGACAUACCGCCCAAGGAGACGGUGAUCUAUACGAAGCAAACGCAGACCACAACGUCGGGCGUCACCGAACUUCGUGACGGCUGCUCUUCCAAUGCAUCACCGCUUGCAGGAUACAUGGAGGACUGGUGGCGGCCACGUAAAGCGCACGCAACCGAUUAUUACGACGAGUACAAUCUAAACCCGGGUUUAGAGUGGGAGGACGAGUUCACAGUGCUUACAUUCGACGGCGACGUGGCGCGCCAAGGAGACGACGAGGAGGCCGCCUUCCACGGUAAACUGCCCCCGGGGAUACUGCCGCACGGCCUGCCCACCGUCAAGGAGGUCCAACCCGCAGUCACCGAUGCGCCCGUCGAGAAGAAAGACGAAGAGAAAGAGAAGAAAGCGGUGCGCGAGCUGAGCGCUGACGAGAAGCAGACGAUAAUGCUGUCGGCCGAGUUCCAGAGGUUCAUGAGUCGCGCCGGACGAGUCAUCGAACGCGCGCUCGCCGAGUCCGUCGACAUCUACACCGACUACACGGGCGGGGGUGACGGAGAGAACGCUCUUGACGACAAGUCAGCGGCCCGUCUUUCCCUGGUUCGUACCUUCGAAGAGGAACGCUGGUCGCGCGGCCGAUGCGUGACCUGCCUGGACUGGUCCACGUUUCACCCGGAACUGGUGCUGGCCUCGUACUACAACAGUGACGACGCGCCGCACGACCCUGACGGAGUGUGCCUGGUCUGGAACACCAAGUUCAAGAAGACCACUCCCGAAGACAUAUUCCACUGUCAGUCGGCGGUUAUGAGCGCCACGUUUGCGAGGUUCCACCCUAACUUGAUCCUCGGAGGCACGUAUUCGGGACAGAUCGUGCUGUGGGACAAUCGCGUGCAAAAGCGAACCCCGGUGCAGCGCACGCCGCUGUCUUCGGUCGCGCACACUCACCCGGUGUACUGCCUGUCGGUGAUAGGAAGCCAGAACGCCCAUAACCUGAUCUCGGUAUCGACGGACGGGCGCCUCUGUUCCUGGUCCCUGGACAUGCUGUCCCAGCCCCAGGAGACGCUGGAGCUGCAGCACCGCCAGGCCAAGCCGGUCGCCGUCACCUGCAUGGACUGCCCCCAGACCAUGCUCAACAACUUCGUGCUCGGAUCCGAAGACGGAAACGUGUAUACGGGAUGCCUGUACGGGCAGCGCGCGGGCGUGACGGAGUGCGUGGAGGCGCACGCGGGCCCGCUGACGGGCGUGUCGUGCCACGCCGCCGCCGGGCCCGUGGACCUCGCGCACCUCUACCUCACCUGCUCCGUCGACUGGAGCGUCAAGCUCUGGUCGCUCAAGGAGAGCAAGCCGCUGUACUCGUUCGAGGACAACGGCGACUACCUGGUGGACGUGCGCUGGUCGCCCGCGCACCCCGCGCUCUUCGCCGCCGCCGACGCCGCCUCGCGCCUCGACCUCUGGAACCUCAACCGCGACACUGAGGUGCCGAUAGCGAGCGUGCAGGCGGAGGGCGGGGCGGCCUUCAGCAGAGUGUCGUGGUCUCCAGCCGGCUCGCUCGUCACAGCCGGAGACGACAGGGGCAAGAUAUCCGUCUACGAACUUGCAGAGCAAGUUUGGUCACCCCGGCACGACGAAUGGAACAAGCUGGUCUACACGCUUCAAGAACUUCGGAACAACCAAGCUGACGAUGAUGCGGCACUCUCACCACCGCCGUCGUUGUCGUCAAUCGCUUCUAUCGCUUCAAACCCACUACGAUAAGCUAAACAACAAAAGAUUGUGAAGUGCAAAUAUUUAACUCAAAACUUGUCAAAUAACAUCUGGCAUAAUGUUUAAGUUCCCAAAUAAAAAUGAUUCCCUGGGAAAGAAUAUUUCAGUUGAAACCAUAGAUUAGUUGCACUUAAAUAAUA